AUGGCAUCAUCUUCAUCUUCCUUUUCCUUGCUAAUAACCCUUCUACUUGUUCCCUUUCUAUUUUCCUCCAUUGCUUUCUCUUACUCAUUCAAGGAUAUUCAAUCAUGGUGCAACCAAACCCCUUAUCCUCAACCUUGUGAGUACUACUUGACCAACCAUGUCUUCAACAAACCCAUCAAAAACAAAUCCGAUUUCCUCAAAGUUUCCCUUCAACUUGCACUAGAUAGAGCACAAAAGGGCGAACUAAACACCCACUCUCUAGGACCAAAGUGUCGCAACGUCCAUGAAAAAUCUGCAUGGACUGAUUGCAUUGAACUCUAUGAAUACACCAUCCAAAGACUCAACAAAACUCUUGACUCCUACACCAAGUGCACCCAAACCGACAUGCAAACAUGGCUCAGCACAGCUCUCACAAACCUCGAAACAUGCAAAACCGGGUUCUAUGAUCUUGGUGUCCCAGAUUACAUCCCACCCUUGUUGUCCAAUAAUGUCACAGAGUUACUAAUCAACACCCUCUCUCUCAACAAGGGUUCCAAUUACCAAUUCAACCAACCUACUUACCAAGAGGGGGUCCCUACAUGGGUGAAGCCUGGUGAUAGAAAGUUGUUGCAGUCAUCUUCUGCAGCUUCUAAAGCUAAUGUGGUUGUCGCCAAAGAUGGUUCUGGAAAGUACACAACAGUGAAAGCUGCUGUUGAUGCUGCUCCAAAGAGUAGCAGUGGAAGGUAUGUUAUAUAUGUGAAAGGUGGAGUGUACAAUGAACAAGUUGAAGUAAAAUCAAAUAAUAUAAUGUUAGUUGGCGAUGGUAUCGGAAAAACCAUAAUCACAGGUAGCAAAAGCGUUGGAGGAGGAUCUACAACCUUCCGUUCUGCCACUGUUGCUGCUGUGGGUGAUGGAUUUAUUGCUCAAGACAUCACAUUCAGGAACACUGCAGGAGCUGCAAAUCACCAAGCUGUGGCCUUCCGUUCUGGUUCAGAUCUUUCAGUAUUCUACAGAUGCAGCUUUGAAGGUUACCAAGACACAUUAUAUGUUCAUUCAGAGAGACAAUUUUAUAGAGAAUGUGACAUCUAUGGCACAGUGGAUUUCAUCUUUGGAAAUGCUGCAGUGGUCUUGCAAAACUGCAACAUCUAUGCAAGAACUCCUCCUCAGAAAACCAUCACAGUCACUGCUCAGGGUAGGACUGACCCUAACCAAAACACUGGAAUCAUCAUCCACAACUCCAAGGUCACUGGUGCCUCAGGCUUCAACCCUAGUUCUGUGAAAUCAUACCUUGGCAGGCCGUGGCAGAAGUACUCAAGAACAGUGUUCAUGAAGACCUUCCUUGACAGUUUGAUCAACCCUGCUGGUUGGAUGGAAUGGGAUGGUAACUUUGCUUUGGACACUUUGUAUUAUGCAGAAUAUGCCAACACUGGUCCUGGCUCCAACACUGCCAAUAGGGUCACUUGGAAGGGUUACCAUGUUCUCACAAGUGCUUCUCAGGCCACACCUUUCACUGUUGGUAACUUCAUUGCUGGCAACUCUUGGAUAACUAGCACUGGUGUCCCUUUCACCUCUGGUCUUUAA